AGGAUGGGGGAGGGUGUGAGGAGUGCUUGUUCCAAUGAAAGGCUUCCAGUCAGGAACUUGAGGGAUGUUGACAUAGCCCUGGGAGUCUAGCAAGUGGCCUAAACUUAUGUAGGGAUCUCCCAUUGUUGAGAAUGCAAGACCUAGAAGAGUAUUGUGAUCAUGCAUUAGCACUUCUGGACUCGUACUCAUGGAUGCAUGACUUUCGAGUCACUGAUCUCCUUGUCAAGAAGGUGCUCUCCUCAGAUGAUUUCUUGGAGCUCAUCAAUAAUACAACACAGUCAGAUACCUUCCUCGCAAGAUGUCAAGAUGGCAGCAGAUUCCUACUGGCAGCAGAAAUCAAGCUGCUUCCAAAUGGCUGUCAUGAAAAAACAUACCCCUGGAAGUACAUGUCACCCAAGAAGAUCCAUGAGGUAGAAAACCUCUUGGCAUUGGUAAAGGACAUCAGUCAAGAAAGGCCUCUUCAGUGCAUUGUUGACAUUGGCUCUGGACUGGGCUACAUUGACCAUGCUCUCUCAGCAACUUCAGCAGUCAGUGUUCUUGGUCUGGAGUGUGAUGCUGUAAAAAAAUCUAUAAAAUUUAGGUUUUGCCAUGCUCCUGCUCUGGCAUUCCACAGAGUGAUGGCAUUGUCACUGCACAGCUGUGGAGACCUUUCAUCCACCAUACUGAAGGCAUUUGUGGAAGUGGAGGAGAUCGAUACCCUGUUACUUGUUCCGUGCUGCUACCAUCACAUGACUGUACAUGGAUUCCCACUUUCAUCUUUGUUGAGGAAGCGAAGGGCACAGCUCAGUCUGUAUUCACUGCGUCUCGGGGCACAGGAGAGUCCACGUCAGUGGGCUGCUCGGGAUCGACGGCUUCAGUCUGCACGAGUGGUCUUUCGGGCUGUUGCUCAGCUCUAUCUGCAACAAAAUGGGUAUGAAUUGAAGAAGAAAAGGAGGCAUGGUGUGAGAGAUGAUGCAAUGGGAGACUUCACAGCUUAUAUUGAUGCUUUCCUUGCUCAUCAUGAACUGAUUGGAGCAGAUAAGAGAACAGUGGAUGAGCACAAGACAUUGCUACUGGCUUUGUAUCAUCAACAAGAGCCUCAGCUGAAGCUGGUUGAGCCAUUCACUAGACUACAAUGUCACCUUCAACCUGUGAUCGAAUCCCUCAUCCUCGUUGAUCGCUUUGCUUUCCUUCAAGAGCAAGGCUUCACUCCAAGGAUUUUGAAAACAACCACAGUGGUGCGACAGGCAAGUGGUCUGACAACACUAGAAUGCCUUCGAAGUCAGGAGCUCCUUGAAAGCCUUCCAUCAUAUUCUGGGUUUGUCAUCGAUGAUGAACCAGACCUCCAGCUGGCUGAGGUCUUCCCCAGACUUUUUGUCGGACUCCAGAGUGGGGGUGGAGUCUUUGUGCACUGCAAUGCAGGGAUAUCACGCGCUCCCUCGGUCGUCAUUGCCUACAUCAUGAAGAAGAGAGGAUGGUCAUACAGGCAGGCAUAUGAUCAUGUUUUCAAGAUCAGACCAGGUAUUUGGCCGAAUGAUGGAUUUGUGAAGCAGCUGAAAGAGUAUGAGAAGACACUAAAAGCAGCUAGGAGUGAGGAUGUAUGUGAGAGGAAGGACCUGCUGAAGAAGCAAGGGGUGACACACAUCCUCUGCGUCGCAGCCAGCAUCCCUUGGAAGGACAAGGACGGCUACACAUUCGUCCGCAAGGAGGUUCCCAUGGCCGACCUCCCCGAGACCGACCUCUUGGCCAACUUGGAUGAGUGUUUCAAGUUCAUCGAGGAAGGUCUCGGGCGAGGUGGGGGUGUCUACGUGCACUGCAUGGCUGGGAUUUCCCGUGCUCCAUCUGUCGUCAUUGGGUUCCUCAUGAAAAAGAAUCAGUGGUCAUAUGAUCAGGCGUACCAUCAUGUGAGCAAUAUCCGAGUCAUCAUGCCCAAUGAUGGAUUCAUUCGUCAGCUCGUCAGAUAUGAGAAAAUCCUUACCAAAGUUACAAAA